UUCAAGUUGGUUUAAAGAAAAGACAAAACCCAAACGAAAGUAACUCAACCAAUCAUGCGUUUCUUCGCCUUGAUCGCCCUCUGCCUGUUCGCCCUGCUGUCGCUCACCGUGGCCCAGGAGGAGUUCUGCCCGUGUCCGCGCAACUUUGAGCCCGUCUGCGGCUCCGACUCCAGGACCUACUCCAACAAGUGCGAUCUGCAGUGCCAGGCCACCAAGGCGGCACGUCAGGGCCGCAGCAUUACGCUCAUCAAGGAGGGCAAAUGCUGAGAAAUCAAAUAACAACCAAAACCCGAUUUAUGCUGCAAAUAAAUACGUGUCCAAUGUGACCUUUUUGUGUAUAA